ACGAAGAACGGAGUAAAUAUUCUGUGUCUCGAUAUUGCAUCAUAAGAAUAAGAAUUAAAGAAUAAAGACGUUCGGAAGUUCAAAGCCAAAAUUAUUGCAGCAUAUCGUGUCGAAAGUUUCAUUUCAAUUAAGAUCACCUAUUUAUCAUCUACUAAGUUGCUGAAUAAAUUCUAAUCAAGAUGCUGGCGGCACGCCUUGCCAGAGUAUCCUCUUUGCCAGUCACACAACUGAUCAUUCCCCAGAUCAGGGGCUCAGUUAUCUUAAAAACUGGCAAUUCUGCAAAUCUUUCCAUCUCACGUUGCUAUGUCCAGCAAUUCAAGGACAGGACGACCAGACUCGGUCGGCUGAACAAAACUGUCAUUGGCACCGAAGCUUCUGCUGCACCUGAAGCAGCAUUCAACCUCGGUAAAGGUGCAGUGGCAGGUGGGGCUGUUCUAGGGCUGGGAGCCCUCUGCUAUUAUGGACUGGGUCUAUCGUCUCAGCCAGGAAUUCUGGAAAACUCAAUGGUAUGGCCAGAAUAUGUUAAAGAGCGAAUUCGAUCGACAUACAUGUACUUUGGUGGCUCUGUGGCUCUAACAGCUGCAACUGCUUUGUCAGUUUUCCGUUCACCCACGAUGCUCAGGAUGGUGUCUGGAAAUUCAAUCAUGGCAAUUGGAGCCUCUCUAGUUGCAAUGAUUGGAAGUGGAAUGCUAGUUCAAAGUCUGCCUUAUGAGCCUGGUUUUGGAAAGAAGCAACUUGCAUGGAUGGCCCAUACGGCAAUCCUUGGAGCAGUAAUCGCACCAAUUUGUCUCCUUGGUGGCCCUAUCCUGAUGAGAGCCUCCUGGUACACCGCUGGAGUUGUUGGAGGUCUGUCCACUGUCGCUGCUUGUGCUCCAAGUGAUCGGUUCUUAAAUAUGGGUGGUCCAUUGGCCAUUGGCUUAGGAGUAGUUUUCGCUUCAUCUCUAGGUUCAAUGUUCCUUCCCCCAACUGGAGCGCUAGGAGCUGGUCUAUAUUCCAUCUCUUUGUACGGUGGACUGCUGCUCUUCUCAGGCUUCCUUCUCUAUGAUACUCAAAGGAUUGUGCGCAAAGCAGAAACCCAUUCCCCAUACGCUCCUGUUCCAUAUGACCCAAUCAAUGCAUCUAUCUCUAUCUACCUAGACACAGUUAACAUCUUUAUCAGAAUUGCAACUAUCCUCGCUGGAGGUGGUGGUAACAGACGUCGCUAAGCAAACAAAUCUUACAACUGAAAAAUAAUGAAUAGCCAAAGCACACUCUGUAUUAGUCCCUCAAUUUCUUACUGAUCGAAAACAAUGAUUUUAUAAGUAGUCAUUUCUAUCCAUACACAAUUUAAUUACUUUAUCGAAGGUUCAGAUCCUAUCACUCUGAUAUGUUUCUUCUUGGCAAAUCACUACAGCCUUUGUAAGUUUUACCGACUGAAUUUUAAAUUUAAUGUUGAAAUUUUUGUGUAUUCAAUUUCUGUUGAAAGAAUAAAUUUUUCAUCUCUGUUUAAAUAA